AUGACCUGCGAUGAAGACAACACCAAGCAGACCGUGGCUUACACAUGGAAGGUGACACAAACCAGGAGAAAACAUGGACUGUUCAUGAACUCUCUGGACGACUUUGCGCCGGUGGGAGAAGCCUCAGCGGUCCUUGACGUAGCGGGGUUCUUUCGUCGCCAUGGGAACCAGUUUUCUGUUUACAGUAUAGACUGGGAACAGGAAAUGGUGGUGCUGAUUCGUCCCGUGGAUGGUGCGGAUAUGAAAGCGAUUCCGUUCUUUCAUGAGGCUCAAAGACGCCAGGCGGCGGAGGUUCUGUGUGUUCCCUUGGAGGAACUCCAGGAUGUGGCGAGAGCCGUCGCUGACGAGGUUGCGCAUGUGCAGGAAAUAUUCCUCUUCCUUACGGGGCGAUGUGGGUCGACUCUGGUAACACGACUUGUGGAGUGCACUCUCUUUGCACAGGCUGUAAGCGAGCCCAAUAUUUUCACCGCCAUAUCCAUGGCUGUCCAUCGGCUCAAGCUGUCCUCACAACAUGGCCAGAUUCCUCCAUAUCACGGCUGUCCUGCCGUUCUAUCAAGUGAGGAGUCUACCGUAGCUCUUCUGAAAAACAUCGGCAUUUUGCUGAACUACAAUCUCGUGAAGUCAGACCCACGUCACCGCGACGUCAUUUUCUUCAAGUUUCAUCCUGGGGACAUCUUACAUCUGGCUGAGCUGAUGGCCCGUGCCUUUCCGUCCGCCAAGACACUCUUCAUGUACAGAAACGGCCUGGAAGUUAUGGAGUCGAUCAAACGAAUCCAGUUCAAGAGGUCGUACGCUCUUUACGCAGCCGUGCGUUUUGCGGUGCGCAUCGGCCUGACGAUGAGGUGGAAUUUGGCAAGCCCUGAGUAUAUCCGAUGUUUCGGAGACGACCCGAAGUUCUUCCCGGUGCGUUAUCGCGGCACGAGCAUGUACAGCAUGUACACGUGUUGGGCCGGCGUGAUGCAGUGUGCGCUCGAUCUGCAGAGGAAGCGGCCCGAGGCUUUCUUCCACGCCGUCGUCCACUUCUCAGCCCUCGUCCGCGACAGAGAGAAGACGUUCCGCCUGCUGAUGGAGAGGCUCGGCCUGACGUGGAGCCCGGACGGUCCGGGAGAGGACACGGACAAGAUCGAGAAAGUAUUAACUGAGGACAGCCAAGCUGGGACCGUCUUGUCUAGCAGAAAGACACCAGGUGAGAAGUGGACUCCGGACGUUUCGUCCCCUUGGGCGGGACAGUGGGAACUAGAGUAUAUGGAGGAAGUUUGUCGUCAUGCUGGGAAGGAGAUCACCGGGCCUGAUUUCCUCCUGCCAGGCACCAUCGUGUAACAGGCAAUGUCUGGUUAUAACGUUAGGCCACACCGAAUUCUAUGGAUGACAUCCGCGCGCGCAUUGAUUUUCGCCCGCCCUCAAAAAA